UCAUUCGUCAGUUUAAAAGCUUUCAACCAACAGAGUGACACAGAGAGAGGGAGAGACCGACGAGCUUCCCUGACACGAAUCCCGAAUCCUCUGAGCCACCGAAGCUGAGAAUUCAUCAGCGGGAGGAGCUGUCGAUGCUCGAGCAUUCCUAGUUCGGAGAAGAGAAUCGUCGAUUGAGGUCUCUGUUGCCGUCUCCGUCUAUCAGCUGCUAUGGGCGACGGGGGAGCAGCAAUGGAGGGAUGGCUGUACUUGAUCCGGUCGAAUCGGAUCGGGUUGCAGUACUCGAGGAAGCGCUACUUCGUGCUCGAGGAUCACCACCUCAAGAGCUUCAAAUCCGCUCCGUUAUCCAAGGACGAGGUGGCCUCUCCGAUCUAACUCCCCUCUCCUGCUCUCGUAAACUUCGGUUUCUUGAUAGUGGGUAGCGUAGUUCAUAAAUUUUCAUAGUCAAGUGCAUUUUUUUAGCUGUUUUAGCCGAUACACUACUAAGCCAAGCGUGAUACUCGAAAUGGGUAAAAGAAGAGGAUCAUGCAGCAUGAAGAGGGCGUGUGCUUCAGAGUGGGAUUCUCGGUGGUGAAAUCCACGAUCAUGUUUAAUAUAAGACUGGAGAACUGUCACUCUGACAGAAUGAAAAUUGCGGCUAACUAAGAUUCUUUUGGAGCUUAAAGCCAAAGAGGACAUGAUUGUAUUUUCUUAAACAAUUUAAAUGUAAUUGCCCUUUAUUGCUUUGUGAAUUUUUUUGAACUUGCUGAACUGGGUUUAGUGAGAUGUUAAAGUAUACUAUACAAGUCAUGAUGGCGGGAUAUAGAUAUAUCUAUGGACUAGGGAGGAAAUUGAUUUCUAAAAGUUGUUCCGGUUCUGCUUAGCUCAAUGCCAGGGGUAGAAAACUUUGCUGUGGAAUGGCAAGUGCAGACUUAUAUGAUGGGUAUGUAGGGGAGGUCAGUUGAGUUGACAAGCUUGUGAAGCUUGGCGGGUGAAAUGAGGAAAUGUCUAUGAAAUACAUGGAAGUGCCUUUACUGCUCUUCAAUCUCUGCUUAGCGCAACCUGGCUCAGAAUGGUUAAUAAUUUCCUCAUUUGACUUUCACUUCUCUAUUGUCGAUCAAGCACUGAUUUCUCAUGGCAGGAGCCUUUGAGAAGUGCGGUCAUAGAUCCUUGCAUACGGGUUGCAGAUAAUGGAAGAGAGAGCAUUCAUCGCAAAGUGUGAUCAUCAUUCAUGUCUUCUUACGCACCAUAAUUUUCCACGAUUCUUUUUCUGUAUUUUUCAUAUUUACACUUUACAAUACUUCCAAUCAUAAUGAUCAGCUCAAGCUUGGAGCAAGUAGUCCUGAAGAAGCAGCAAAAUGGAUUCAUGCCUUUCAGGAAGUCGUUUUAAAGGAUGUUCCAGAAUCAGGAGAUAGUAUUAUGAGCUGCUCAAACAACCCAAGGCAAUCUUUCAUGUUAAGCGGAUCAAAUAGGGUAAAUAACAUUAAUUCCAUAGACUGGACUCUUAGUUCAUCCAUCCAUGCAGAUCGAGCGACAUCUGAUGUCAUUGCACCUUCAACGUGGACCAUCUUCGGCUGCCACAAUGGACUGCGACUUUUUAAAGAAGCAAAAGACAGAAAUCUGCGUAGCAAGUGGGAUGACCAUCCUGCAAUAAUGGCUGUUGGGGUGGUUGAUGGAACAUCAGAGGCCAUUUUUCAAACCCUUAUGUCUCUUGGUGUGUCAAGAUCAGAAUGGGAUUUCUGCUUUUAUAAGGGAAGUGUGGUAGAGCACCUCGAUGGUCAUACUGAUAUUAUCCACAAGCAGCUAUACAACGAUUGGUUACCUUGGGGAAUGAAACGCAGAGAUCUUUUAUUACGCCGCUACUGGAGAAGAGAAGAAGAUGGAACAUAUGUUAUUCUUUACCAUUCAGUGUUUCACAAGAAAUGCCCACCUCAAAAAGGCUAUGUACGCGCCUGCCUAAAAAGUGGGGGAUAUGUCAUAUCUCCUCUAAACCAGGGGAAAGAGUCGGUUGUAAAGCACAUGCUGGCUAUUGAUUGGAAAUAUUGGAAAACGUACCUCCAUAGAACUGCUGCUCAAUCCAUAACAAUCAAAAUGCUAGGAAGAGUUGCAGCAUUAAGAGAGUUAUUUCAAGCAAAACUAGGAGAUUAUCCUUCCUUAGAUUUUUUUUCUGGAGAAUUGUCAAGGAGUAUUAGAGUGCAACAGCAUGAAGCCACAGGAUGGACAAGAGAUAGUAAGACAAAGGGAGAUGCUGCUGAAGAAGUGGAGAGAGCAGCUUCUGAUCAUGCAAGUCUCGUAAGCUUAAAUGAUGCUGCUGAUGAAUUCUUUGAUAUUCCAGACCCUUCAGAUUAUGACCAAUCAGAAAGCGGCUGGUCUUAUGAUUUUGGCCCAGAAACACAUAAUCAGGAUACACGUCAUCCAAAAUUAUCUACUGCAGCUGGUUUUGUGAAAAAAUUACAUGAUCUUGCAGUUCAAAAGAGGGGCUAUGUGGAUCUACAGGAGACGGUGAGGGACGAGAACACCUCAUUUCGCUAUGGAGCUACCCUACCUCAAGACCCGACAUGUACUUCACUUUCCACUUGGACAACAAGUGACCCCUCUACUUAUUUGAUCCGUGGAAAGAAUUAUCUGGUGGACCGCCAGAAGGUUAAGGCAAAGGGCACAUUGAUGCAAAUGGUUGCUGCAGAUUGGUUAAGAUCUGACAAGAGAGAAGACGACCUUGCAGGUCGACCCGGGAGCAUUGUUCAGAAAUAUGCAGCAAAUGGCAGACCAGAAUUUUUCUUCAUUAUAAACAUACAGGUUCCAGGCUCAACCACAUACAGUCUUGCCCUAUAUUACAUGAUGAGUACUCCUGUUGAAGAUUCACCCUUGCUUGAGAGCUUUAUCAAUGGUGACAAUGCAUACAGAAAUUCUAGAUUCAAGCUUAUACCUUACAUAUCAAAGGGUUCUUGGAUAGUAAAGCAGAGCGUAGGAAAGAAAGCCUGCCUUAUAGGACAAGCCCUUGAAAUCAAUUAUUUCCGAGGGAGCAACUACUUGGAGCUUGGAGUCGAUAUUGGGUCAUCGACAGUUGCUCGGGGAGUGGUAAGUCUGGUCCUUGGCUACCUUAACAACCUAGUCAUCGAAAUGGCAUUCUUGAUACAGGCAAAUACAGAGGAAGAGCUUCCGGAGUAUCUUCUCGGGACAUGUUGGCUCAACCAUUUGGAUGCAUCUAAGUCGGUUUUACUGAGGCCGUGAUAUCAUAUUUAGGUUGUGUGUGGCGUGCGCAAACUAGGAGAUUCUUUAAUUCAAUCAAUUCAGACAUGAAAAGAGAGAAAAGAAUCAAACUCUGCCUUUGCUUAUUGCUAAGCAGGCGAUUCGCUGCAACAGAAAGUUCUUGUAUUUUGUGCCCGUUAGCCGCUUUCAGAUCCUUGUACGAAAUAAUGAUUCAAUCUAUGUUAGGAAGAUAUAAUGGAUACGAUCUGAUAUCUGAAGCUGUGAUUUCAUUUCA